AUGUCUUUUAUUUUUUAUUUUAUGAUUUGAUUAGAUGUUCCUACUCCUUGAGCUAUUAGAUUUCAAGAUUCUGCUACUCCUAACAGUGAAGGUAUUCAUGAAUUAUAUGAUCAUAUUAUGUAUUAUUUAACUUUAAUUUUAGGUUUAGUUUCCUAUUUAUUAUAUGUUAUAAUCAUUGAUUAUAAAUCUAAUAAAUUUGCUUAUAAAUAUAUCCGUCAUGGUCAAACUAUUGAAAUUAUAUGAACUAUAUUCCCUGCUAUUAUAUUAUUAUUAAUAGCUUUCCCUAGUUUUAUAUUAUUAUAUUUAUGUGAUGAAGUUCUAACUCCUGCUAUGACUAUUAAAGUUAUUGGUUUACAAUGAUAUUGAAAAUAUGAAUAUUCUGAUUUCGUAUCUGAUACAGGUGAAUCUAUUGAAUAUGAAUCAUAUAUUAUACCUGAUGAUUUAUUAGAAGAAGGUCAAUUAAGAUUAUUAGAUACAGAUACUUCAAUAGUAGUACCUGUAGAUACACAUAUAAGAUUUGUUGUUACAGCAAAUGAUGUAAUACAUUGUUUUACAAUACCAUCCUUAGGUAUUAAAAUAGAUGCUACACCUGGUAGAUUAAAUCAAGUUAGUGCAUUAAUACAACGUACAGGAGUAUAUUAUGGACAAUGUAGUGAAUUAUGUGGAGUUAAUCAUGGUAUGAUGCCUAUAAAAUUAGAAUGUGUAUCAAUUACAGAUUUUAUAGAAUGAUUAUCGGAGAAUUAA